AUGACUCUGACCGGAUCUUGCAUGUGUGGUGCUAUCGCUUAUGCUGCUGAAUCGGAGCCCCUUAUCACGGCUCUUUGUCACUGUAUUGAUUGCCAGAAGUGGACCGGCAGCGCCUUCACCUCCAACCUCAUGGUCCCCCGCGGCUCUUUCAGUAUCACAAAGGGAACCCCCAAACACUGCGACAUAACCGGCAACUCAGGCAAAAACAACCGCCACUUCUUCUGCCCCGACUGCGGCUCCAGUCUCUACAGCCAACCUGAUAUCAUGCCUGACAUUACAACUAUUAAGGCCGGGACGCUGGAUAAUGGGGAGAAUGGACUGAGGGGGCGUGUGGAUGUGGAGGUAUAUGUUAAGGAUCGGGUGGGGUUUGUGGCGGGCGUUGAGGGAGCGAGACAGGAGAGGACUAUGUGA